AUGGCUUCCAUCCGCGUGCUGUCCUUCGAUGCUGAGGGCCGCCCUGUGCAGUUCACCACUUGGCUAGAUGACCUGCAGCUGUUCCUCCUGAGCGAUAGCAAGGAGCACGUGUCACUCUAUGAUUACGCAUCUGGUGCUGCGCCUGCCCCUCCUGCCACAGCCGAGCUUAGUGCCCGUUCCCACUGGCAGACGCGUGACGCUGCUGCUCGCCUAGCCAUUCGCAGUCACCUGCCGUUAGCUGAGCUCGAGCAUUUUGGCGACUGCAAAACCGCUAAGGCCCUUUACGACGCUGUCGUUGCUCGCUACUCCUCGCCUGCCACAGCCGAGCUUAGCCACCUCAUGCUGCCUUACCUGUUUCCUGAGCUGUCCACUUUUGCUACAGUCGCCGAUCUUAUCACCCACCUUCGCACUAGUGACGCUCGCCUGCGUGCCGCCCUUCCCACCGAGUUCUGCGCUAAGAACCCCCCUCCACUGUACUGGACACUCCACUUCAUAGUCACCCGUCUCCCUGACACCCUCAGCUCAGUGCGCGACUAUUUCCUUGCUCGCUGUCCCACUGAGCUCACUGUCGCCCUCCUAGAGGAGAAGCUGCUAGCAGCCGAGAAGAGCAUUGUAGCUGUAGGUGCUGCUCGCGGCGCUCCUCGCACCCCCAUCUUUGAGGGGUGUUCUCCCUCUCCCCUCGCUCCCUCCUAUGCUACUGCUGCUGCUGUUGACUUCCUUGGUGCUGAGUCUGCUGGCGCUGCUUCUGCUCCUGGUGGGAGGCGCCGCACCGGCAAGGGCAAGGGGGGCAAGGGUGGCGGGGGUGGCGCUGGGGGGGGAGGGGGUGGGGGAGGUGGGGGGGGAGGCGGUGCUGGAGGGAGCGGUGGCGGGAGUGCUGGUGGGAGUGGGGUCGGCAGCGGAGGCGGGGGCGGCGGAGGGAGCGGUGGCGGUGGUGGCAGAUGUGGCGGUAGCGGCGGUGGCGGUGGCGGCGGUGGCGGUCGGAGCGGAGGUAGUGGCGGCGGUGGAGGUCGGAGUGGAGGCACCGGCUCGGGCCAGAUCUUCCAGCAGCAGCAGCGUCCCCAGACGACCCAGCAGCUUCGUGAGUGGCUUGCUCAGCGUGGGACGUCGGGGGGCAGUGGCCGCUGUUCCUAUGUCAUUCGCACAGGUGAUCGCAAGGGGCAGAAGUGUGGGAAGUUCCACACCCAGUACCGCUGCUUCUUCCGCCUUGACGACGCUUGGCGUGAGGAGAUGGGCGAGGAUGUUGAGCGCCCCCGCUGGGCUGAGCUGAUGAGGGCUGGUGUUGAUAUCUUUGCUCUUGACUAUGAUGCUAUUAUUGCUGCCAUGUAUGCAUUGACUGUUAGUGCCGAGGGAGACUGUUACUUGUGUGUGCCGCCUGACCCAGGUAUAGAGCCCGCUGCCCUGGGUACUAGUGAGUCUGCUCUCUCUGGUAUGGUGCCCCCUGUACUUGCUCCCUCCAGUGCUGUCCCGGCUGUUUGCGAGUCUGCUCUCUCAGGUACAGCACCCACAGAGACUGCUCUCUCAGGUACCGCACCGGCUGAGGCCUGUCACACCUUCACCCUUGACUCAGGUGCUUCCCGUUGCUUCUUUCGUGACAGUACUGAGCUCACACCGCUUCCUGCACCGGUCCCAGUCUCCUUGGCUGACCCCUCUGGGGGCCCAGUCCUUGCCCAGUCCACCACUGUCCUCCCUUGUCCGGCGGUUCCGUCUGGCUCGUUGUCGGGUUUCCACCUCCCCUCGUUCUCGACGAACCUGGUGAGCAACGCUGUCCUCCAGGAUCAGUGGGUUGACACCUUUACCCCUGGAGGACAGCGUGUGGCAAUCCUCACGUGCUCCAGGACCGGCCGUCACCUGGCUACGUUUACCCGUCAGCCGGGGUCGAGUCUCUACACACUGACCACUGUCCCUCCUCAGGUCGCUGCUGUCGGUCAGGUGUCCGCGUCAGGUCUGGUAGCCCACGCCUGUGAGUGUCGUUCCCUGUCGCACCAGACCCUUCUCUGGCACCACCGCCUGGGUCACCCCUCCUUGCCACGCCUUCGUGGCAUGCACCGUCGCCACCUUGUGUCUGGUCUUCCCAGGUCCCUCCCUCCUCUCCCUUCCUCGCCUGCGCCGCCUUGCCUUCCUUGCGUCGAGGGGCGGCAGCGCGCCGCUCCUCACUCCUCCUCGUUCCCCCCGACAGAGGCUCCUCUGCAGACCCUCCACCUGGACGUGUGGGGCCCAGCCCGCGUUCGUGGCCAGGGCGUUCGUCUCCAGCUCCGCCGCCGUUUCCGGACAGAUCUUCCUGUCCUGCGUCUGCACUCUGACAGAGGUGGUGAGUUCUCAUCCGACCUCUUGAGGACCUUCUGUCAGGCGGAGGGCAUCGAGCAGACCUUCACGCUUCCAGACUCCCCACAGCAGAAUGGGGUUGCUGAGCGCCGCAUUGGCCUGGUCAUGGAGGUCGCUCGUACCUCCUUGGUCCAUGCGGCGGCUCCCCAUUUUCUGUGGCCGUUUGCUGUCCGGUACGCCGCGCAUCAGCUCAACCUCUGGCCCCGUGUCUCCUUGCCGGAGACCUCGCCCGCACUGCGUUGGACGGGGGAGGUUGGCGAUGUGUCGCGCUUCCGGGUGUGGGGUGCUCGUGCCCUUGUCCGCGAUACGUCCGCGGACAAGCUCUCCUCCCGCACGCUUCCCUGUGUCUUCCUUGGCUUUGUCCCUGACGCGCCUGGCUGGCAGUUUUACCACCCCACCUCGCGCUGUGUCUUCGCCUCUCAGGACGUCACCUUUGACGAGUCGGUCCCUUUUUACCGUCUCUUCCCCUACCGCACUGCCCCCCUCCCUCCCCCGCCGCUUUUCCUCGCUCCUGGUCCCCCUCCGGUAGACCCCCUUCCCCCUCAGGGUCCUGCUCCUUCAGGUGUCUCUCAGGUAGACCCUCCUCCCGUCGCUGAGCCUGUCGAGGUCACAGGUGACUCAGGUGCUGCUGCGGGUGGUGCUGCUGGGAGUGCUGAGCCUGGGGGUGCUGAGCCUGGGGGUGCUGGGCCUGGGGGUGCUGGGGCUGCGGGUGCUGGGACUGAGGGUGCUGGAGCUGAGGGUACGGUGCCUGAGCGUACGGAGCCUGGGGGUGCUGAGCCUGGAGGUACUGCGGCUGGGGGUGCUGAGCCUGGGUGUUCGUAG